AGGUAUACAAAAAUAUCCUGAAAAACGUCUAUACUUGAGAGUAUUGAGUUAAGCAUACUCCCUCUCUCUCUCUCUCUCUGCCUCUCUGCAAUGGCUACUGCUUUGUCUACGGCUCUAGAUGUCCAUUUUACAGGGCAUCUCUCAGACACAAAGAGACCCAUUAUCUUCAACUCUCCACACAGACAACACAGAGUGAGGAGAGUUACCAUUUUGUGCAGCUCUUCCAAAUCUCCCCCAAAGGUGUCUCCAAAUUUGAUAGACCCAAACCACAAAAACCCAUCUUUAUCUGAGCAACUCAAGCCUCUAUCCACAACCACCCUCUCUGAACCUUCCAAGGACCAAACCCAGCUCUUGUCCAAGCCAAAGUCCACCUGGGUUAACCCCACCAAGCCCAAACGCUCCGUGCUCUCCCAUCAGCGGCAGAAACGCUCUUCUUACUCGUACAAUCCUCAAAUCAAAGAGCUCAGGCAGUUUGCCCAGAGGCUCAAUGACUCUGACAACUCUGAAGUUGCUUUCUUGGCCGCUCUUCAGGAAAUCCCUCACCCACCCACCAGAGAAAACGCGCUUUUGAUACUCAACAGCUUGAGGCCAUGGCAGAAAACCCAUUUGUUCUUCAAAUGGAUCAAGACCCAAAAUUUGUUUCCCCUGGAAACUAUAUUCUACAAUGUCACAAUGAAAUCUUUGAGGUUUGGAAGGCAGCUUCAGCUCAUGGAGGACCUUGCCCAUGAGAUGAUUAGCAAUGAGAUUAAGCUUGAUAAUAUCACAUACUCCACCAUUAUUACUUGUGCCAAAAAGUGCCAUCAUUUCGAUAAGGCUGUGGAGUGGUUUGAGAGGAUGUACAAGACUGGUUUGAUACCUGAUGAGGUGACAUACUCAGCUAUUCUAGAUGUGUAUGCCAAAUUGGGCAGGGUUGAGGAAGUGGUAAAUUUGUACGAGAGAGGGAGGGCUACUGGGUGGAUACCUGACCAUGUUACCUUCUCUGUUUUGGGGAAGAUGUUUGGUGAAUCUGGGGACUAUGAUGGUAUUAGGUAUGUGUUGCAAGAGAUGAGGUCUCUUGGUGUGCAGCCUAAUUUGGUUGUGUAUAAUACAUUGUUAGAGGCAAUGGGGAAGGCUGGAAAGCCUGGUUUAGCUAGGAGUUUAUUCGAGGAAAUGGUCGAAUCCGGGUUAACCCCGAGCGAGAAAACGUUAACUGCACUUGUUAAGAUUUAUGGCAAGGCAAGGUGGGCUCGAGAUGCUUUGGAAUUGUGGGAGAAAAUUAGGUCGAACGGGUGGCCGAUGGAUUUGAUUUUGUAUAAUACAUUGUUGAAUAUGUGUGCAGACCUUGCAUUGGAGGAAGAGGCUGAGAGGCUGUUCGAGGACAUGAAGAGUUUGGAGAAUCGCAGGCCGGAUAGUUGGAGUUACACAGCAAUGCUUAAUAUAUAUGGGAGUGGAGGGAAAGUUGAUAAGGCAAUGGAGGUGUUUGAAGAAAUGUCUCAGUUGGGUGUUGAGCUCAAUGUAAUGGGCUGCACUUGUUUGAUUCAGUGCUUGGGUAAGGCUAAGAGGAUUGAUGAUUUGGUUAGGGUUUUUGGUGUUUCAGUUGAAAAAGGGGUUAAGCCGGACGAUAGGCUUUGCGGAUGCCUCCUUUCUGUUGUGUCCUUGUGUGAGGUAGAUGAGGACAUUGGUAAGGUUCUUGCCUGUUUGCAGCGAGCUAACCCAAAGUUGUUUGUCCUUGUGGAAUUGGUAACAGAAGAGAAGACUGGUUUUGAAACUGUCAAGGAAGAGUUUAGGGGUAUUCUCAGUGAAACUGCAGUCGAAGCCCGGAGACCCUUCUGUAAUUGCUUCAUUGAUAUCUGUAGAAGUAGAAAGCUUCACGAGAGAGCUCAUGAAUUGCUCUACUUGGGAACCCUAUAUGGGUUGUACCCAGGUUUGCACAACAAGACUGUAGAUGUGUGGUGCUUGGAUGUUCGGUCCCUGUCUGUUGGUGCAGCUGAGACUGCGCUGGAAGAGUGGAUGGGGACUUUGUCCAAGAUUGUUCAGCGCAAGGAGGAAUUGCCAGAAUUACUUUUAGCUCAAACAGGUACAGGAACUCACAAAUUCUCUCAAGGACUGGCCAAUUCCUUCGCUUCUCAUGUCAAGAAACUUGAUGCACCAUUCAGACAGAGUGAAGAUAAAGUUGGUUGCUUUGUGGCAACUCGAGAAGAAUUAGUGUCGUGGGUGCAGUCACGGAUUCCAUCUCCUGCUGUUGCAGCGUAGAUGUGAACCAACUGUAAUUACUGAGGCAAUAAUAGCUUUCCUCAUUCCUUAAUAUGUUAAUAGUUGUAAUUCACAUUUUUGAACUUAGCUUUUAUUAUUGCAAACCUUAUACUUAUCCUGCUUUAGAGUUUUGAAUGGAACAUUGAUCUUAUCUUGAUCUCAUAACAGACGGGAUGGUUUCAUUGGCUUUA